AUGACGGGCUCCGCCGUCGAGUCGCGCCCGGCGAGCAGCGUCAGUUCGCCGCGCCAAGUGCGAUCACAGAGCAUCUCCAGCGACAGACCUUCGAUCGCCAGCCACAUUUUCUUUGCCCCUCCGCUAAAUGUAUCGCCAGAGGCCGCCUUCAUUGCUUCGACUGCAGCUUCCCAGAUUGUAUCUAAUGAUCACGAUGGGCACGAAAGCACCUGGUACGACCAAAACGGCGUCGAGCCGUCUGGAGAAGCCGCUCAGAUCUCCCCUGCCGCCCUGCAGCUAGUCAACAGUUUCCUCGACCAACUACUAUUAAACUUCCUACAAGUUGCUAGAUCUACCUCUCUCUCCGCUCUGCGACCUGCCGUCUCGGACGUGCUCAAGCCUAAAUUGGCCAAAGAAACUAUAAGUAAUGCCGAUGAAGAGCUGAGGGAGUAUCUUGGGGGUUCUGAGGAAGAAGAAGACACGAACUCUCAAAGCCCGAAUGCGCGGGAUUGGGACGUCGAAUUGGCCUGGAAGCGAGCCAGGUUGAGGUGUAUGGUCUACUCUUCUCUGGGGGAUUUAGAGGAGGAGGACGAAGACAAGUACAUGACGCAGGAGAAUCUCGAAAUUGGCGAGCAUGAGAAAACUUCUGAUAUCAUCUCGCCUGCUGUGGCCAUCUUCCUGACUUCAGUCUUGGAAUACAUGGGUGAGCUCACACUCACUGUUGCUGGACAGGCGGCCAGCCAAAGAAUGCGCUCCAAGAUUGAAAAGGAGCUCAAGGAUGGAUCGCGCAGCCCUGCUGCUGUUUCCGAAAGAAUCGUAGUGGAGGACAUCGAUAUGGAACGAGUUGCGCUUGAUCGAACUCUCGGCCGCUUAUGGCGAGGAUGGAAAAAGAGGAUGCGUGCAACACCGGGCGAAUUCGCCACAAGCCGGUCUCUCUCCAGCAGCCACUUGAAGGUAGAUGGCCCAGCUGGUGGGCUUCACGAUGGGAAGACCCGUGCCAGUGAAGAUGGCAAUGGCUCUGACGUGGUACAAGAUCGACCUGAGAGCGCCGUUGCAGAGGAUAUCCACCCCAUGAACAUUCCACUACCAAUCGGGGACAAUGACGUUGCUGAAAUUGAGGUGCCGGGUCUGGCCCACCACAGUGACGAUGAGGAAGAGGAGGAAGAGAAGGACAAUGUUGACGCACGCCGUGUCAAGUCAUUCGCCGGGACGGCUUCCUUAAUGGGCGAUACUCUAGCAACAGAGUCAGGGCAAUACGCCACCCUGCUUAAACUUCACAGAAGAUCUACCUCACUACCAACUUCUAGAAGGUCGGUCUUUUAUGCAACGGCACGGCCAAGCUCGAAAUCGGCCGAGGUAGAGCAUGACGCCGCUGAAUCGAAGGAGCUCAAAGAGACAUCCGAGGAUAAGGAGGGCUCUCUCAAGAAGAACCGCGACUCGGAUGAAAGUGGAUCGGAUGAAUUCGACGAGAUUGUAUACGAAAAAGCUGAGAUACUGACAUCUUCCAGAGUGUCAGUCUCCAGCACUUCUUCUCGUUCCGCCUCGGAUUCUGGUAGAGCUAUCCAUCUGAGCCGGUCGUCCAGUGUUCACUCCGCGCGCCUCAUUGACGUCCCGCCACGUAGUCCCGCCACUACUCGGCCGCCGUCAUUGGAAUCGACGGAGCGGCCGCGUGCAAGCACCGUGUCUGGCACAAGCCCUCUGUCACGCUCGGGAGGCGCCGACGAGCUGCGAAAAGCCAAGGCAAUCGACACCAGCUCACGAGCGGGAGCGCCUCUAUCAGCGGCAAGGUCUCCGGUCGAGAGGAUGAGACCACCAAUUCCAAAUGCUGCCACCAUCUCUGAAUCCGAGGAAGACACUGACCAAGUAAACUCUAUUGCCAAGCCUGCGCCGGCGUCUCGGACUCGAGAUCAGCUGGGUCGUCUCCCGCAUGGCCUGCAGACAAACGUUGGUUCUGCCUCUCAGGGCGAGCAGGGUCAUCAAAGGUCGUUCUCGCUGAAAGCCACCAAAAGCGCCACCGAUGCACAGUUUUCAGAUAUUCCUUAUAGACCUGCAGCGCAUCCUAAUCGACAGAUUCCUGUGACUGCAGUCGACUUGCCAGUGCCCGAGGAGAGUGAGGAAACAGCGUUGCAUUCCAUUGCUCCUCCUCGCCAGAUCCACACGUCUGGGUCGUCUGCAUCUUCGGGUGCCAGCCGAUUCAAGGCGGUCAGAACCACUUCAGACGACUCAUCAAACCGCGCCGAGAGCAUGGCGCGCAACUUCGAAGAGCUCAUCCAAAGCAACCAAACCAUCACAUAUACGUUGACGCCGGAGAAUAUGCGUGAUAUUGAUGUCAAAACACCUCAUGACAGCCCAGUUGUGACCAAAGUCGUUCGCAAGAGCGAAGAUUUGAUGCGGUCCUCACCCAUGGUUUCGAAUGCUUCAUCAUCAAACCCAAGGGUGCAGCCCUCCAGCCCUCGAGCUCCUGAGCACAAACCCAGGCUUUCUGGACCAAUUCCUCGUGCCCCUAUCGCAGCCACUGCAGUGUCUGGUCGAAUGGGCGGACCUCAGGCUCGUGAUGCUCGCACACCUGGCGAGUCGCUCGCAGAUUUUGCCGAGUUCAUCAAAUCUACAGGCCCGCCGGGCGACAAAGGCCCAGUAGCUCUGCGCAAUGUUCGCGUUCCUGCCAGCCCGACUACGAGCAUCCCAGAGCCCAAGCAAUCUUUUUCUUCAAUGGCUAGUCGCAACAACAAUCGAAAUCGGUACCAGCCUCGAGAAGCUGCUGCUAGCAGCAGAAACGACAAUUCGGACCUGAUCGAUUUUAUUCGACAAGGCCCCCCCAUUCCAGGUAGCCAAAAUCACAUUCCUCGACAUGUGGCGCCUUUCCGUAACACGAUGGAUUUGGACAUGAUGUCUGGCGCUGUGGGUGGCCGAGCAGUUGAUGCGGUUCUUCCUGACAUGCGACACAGCCAGGCAUCUACAAGCGUGACGGAUAAUUCGAUGCCGUCGAUGCAGUCUUCCGUCAACUCCAGCUCUGCGCUGCUCAGGAACAAGGGCAUGUCAAAGGCGAAUAACAUGUUUGGUGAAGAAGAUGAUGACGACAUGGGCAUGCCUAUGCCCGUGAGAAAAACUCGCCGCGUUCGCGACCCAUACGCAAUCGAUUUCAGCGAUGAAGAAGAAGACGAUUUUGACAUGGCCCCCAGGCCUCCCCCUAAGAAGGAGGAGAGUCUUGCAGAAUUCCUGCUCAACUACGACCCGCCGCCGGAGCCCCCAUCCCCACCCAUGAAGAUGCCAAAGAAGAAGACGAGCACGCCUAGUCUAAUUGGCCGGUUUACUCGCAGUGGCUCCAAGGAAGUCAAUACUUUCAACGAGGCACGGGCACCUAGUGGUCGAGCUGGCGCCCUGGGCUUUGGUACUGAAGGACGUUCCUUGAAUGGCCGAAGCAAACACACUCCAAUCCAGAUGCCACCGGGCUACGACGCGUAUGGGCCGACCAACGUCAACCCUCCUCCUGUGAGCAGUAUGAACAGAGCCCCCAUGAAGAGAUAUGAGACACGGGAGCCCGUCUCCUUUGGCCAGACGGCGGAUCUGGCGAGGUUUCUGCGCGAUUCAGAACCCCCGCCAGAGAUUGUUCCCACUCAAGCUUCAGUCCCUCAAGAUGAGCCCAGUGGGUUCGCCAGAAUGUUUGGGCGAAGGAGAAAGGCAUCCGUU